GGAUUGAUUAUGUUUGUAAGCGGGCACAAAGGUGAAUGAAAGAUUUGAUGGUGCUAAGACAGAUGGCCUAAAGGGUCGUCAUUCAUAACUACCAUUCAAGAAUAAUCGUCAGRAAAAAAUGAGAGCACGAGGAAUAUACUAAAUACCCGAUAGUGACCUGCUCUACUGAUGUAUUUGGAGCCGUGUUCAAGAGCCUCAAGUUUUUAACGUUAAAAUGAAGGCUCCGAAUUUUGAUUUAAGUUCGCUAUCCUUCGUAUCUAAAGCCCGCAAAUUUCUCAAAAGUAGAAAUAGUACCACAGAAAGACGAGAUUUCAAAGCAAUUUCAUUCUCAAAUGAAGUUUAUCAAGAAACAUGUCGACCAGUGAAGAAUAGAGAAGAGAGUUCAACUUGGAGGCACCCGUUAACAAUUUGGCAGAAAAACAACACUGAGAAAUCAAACGCGGGAGAAACGACAACCCCGCGAACUUCAGUACGAUCGUAUAAAUACCCAUGGGGUAGAAAAGAUGAUGGCGAAGUUGUAAAAAAAGAAGAGAGCGCUUCAACCAAUGAGAUACAAAAAGACGAGGGCAUCUUCACCGUAGAGCUUGUCAAACCACAUUAUGGCUACCUUGGUCUAGUCUUAGUCGGUGGUGCUGAUACUCCACUUCAGAAACAUUACGUUAAAGAAAUCUUACCAGACUCCAUAGYGGACAAGUCUGGCAGCGUGCGCAUUGGUGACGAACUAAUCGAGGUGAAUGGUCAUACGCUAAGAGGUCGCACUCACAGCUCAGCGCUGGUAGUUAUACGAACUCUUCCACCGGUGAUCAAGUUCUUGAUUGAAAGAUCAAAAGACGGAAAUAAAGGAAUUUUGUCUUCGUUCGCCUCUGAGGAACCGGAAACUGAUAGUGGAGAYCCURACAUAACUUCCCCCAAGGCAAGAUCAAGGAAAAGAAGUGUCCUUCAAAUGGCAAAUGAUUCUUGCGUCAUUAAAAAGUCUGUAAGCACCGUCAUCGACGUAGUCUCAAGAAAUAUUCCCAGUCCUCUGGUCAAACCUGCUAAACUGGUCAGGCGAGAAUCAAAAUGCACGUCGUUUGUUGGCGUUGCUAAUGGAGACGAUGACGUCAAAAGUUGCAAGGGCGGAGAGAGUGUUAAAGAUGGAGUUGUUGAUGAGGAAGCGAAUGAUUAUGAUGAUCGAUUGAGCAUGUUGAGCAAUACGUCCGAAUGGUGUGCGAGACAGAUGACAAUGUCUACUCCUUCACAAGAUUCCACAAUUCAAAAUGACGAUUUGUCUGAUGUCAUGUCGACGUUUUCAAUGAGCACCUUGUCGGAAAGCCUCCCGGAGCCCUUUACAGAAGAGGCGUUGGACAGACAUGAGGAAUAUGUCCCUUGUUAUCAAUCUACGCCCCUACGUCAUGGGUCUCUCAGAAAAUCAAGGGUCCUUACUGAGUCCAUCAUUGAAGUGGACUCUGACGAAGACGAGGAAAAAGUGCCCAGUGAGCCCAAAAUGUUUUUGCGCCGCGGUUCUCUCAGAGCAAGAGGGAGCCUGGCUCUAAGGCGAGUGAGUUGUAUCGAAGACGAAGAAGAGAGAGCAACAUGGCCGACAUCAACGAGACGUCAGAGGGCCUCACUUAAUUGGGACACUUUUGUACCUCCACCMGACAGACCCGUAAGAAGAAGCUCCUCUGGAUGUAUCAGGCCCUCGUCCAUGUAUACAAAUAACGUCCCUUCUGGAAAGACUUCUGAGCAAGCCAAACAGUCWUCUCGUCGACUUCAACGUUCAAACAGCACUGGAAAAUACAUCGACAAACAAACUCUACGAACUAAAGUCUACAGGAAGCAAAAUACCGGAGGGUGGGGAUUCACUAUUGCCGGAGGAGUCUGUUCUCCGUACGGGGAUUUGCCCAUACAUAUUCUAGACAUUGAAAAUUCCACAACAGCGGGAGGAAGCUUGCUGAAAAAGGGGGACGAAAUUGUCUCAUUCGGUGGAGAAAACUUUGAAAAUAUCACAUUCUUGGAAGCAAAUAGAAAAAUGAGAAACUUUGAAGAAAAUYGUGCGACUGUCAUCAUAAAGAGAAAAUACUUGCACAGAAAGAAAAUGCAGGCUUGUAGUACGUUUGCAGAAGCGUGGAACGAACAGGCAAGGCAGAGCCAACGAAUAAGGCAAAGACCAGAGUCUUUUUAUUACUAAAUGCACAUGCAAAACUGACCCAGAAAACCAUAACACCUACAUUAACCUUUUCUAAGUUGUAACACAAUAUAAAGCAUAAUGAAAAAAAAGAUGUUUGUGCACGAAUACAGUCAACUCUCGCCUUGCGAACACCCCGAUAUUACGUACACCUUGCUAUUACGGACAGGAGGAAAAUCCCCGACAAAAAUAUUGACAAAGAAAUGAUCGUAAUAAAUUUUCGCUAUUGCGGACGCUCGCUAUUACGGACAYGAAGUGACGGUCCCGAGGGUGUCCGCUGUAACGAGAGUUGACUGUAACACGAAUKAACUCACGAAUUAAGGAAUUAUUAUAGAAAGUACUAUACGCGAUUUGAUCUCACAAUGUCGAGCGUAACAUGUUUCACUCAGGUCUUAGCUGCCAUUCAGAGUCGUUAGUCAAGUUUUAUUUACAGCUUUAUUAUUAAAGUGCCUAACCAUAUUCUAACCUAACCCAUAGUUAGGGGGUGUAAAGAAUUUUUCUACCGUCAAGCUCAAUUAGAUUGCACUCGGUAUAAAACACAAGAAAAUCUCUAAGAUUCCUCAUUGACCUAAAUAUAAUAAAUCACAAAAACYGUUAAUCAAUCAUCAAUAAAGAAGAAUUUCUCAAGUGAAUGUAA